GUAUCUCGCAGUUAAUAAUAAGGCACACAUUUCUAGCGACCCUCACCUCUUCUCUUCGUCUCCAAAGUCCACUCUCUGAUCACUCAUCAGCUCCCGGAGAUUAACGAAAUCGGAAAACCAAUCCAACUAUUUUUUGAUUUCCGAUUGAAGAAAAUGUCUCAGAGCCUUAAUCCGAAUCCAACUUACGACGUGAUAAUCUUAGGGGCUUCAGGUUUUACUGGGAAGUACGUCAUUAGAGAAGCUCUCAAAUUCCUCAAUGUUCCCUCUUCCCCCUUGAAGAACCUAGCCAUUGCUGGCCGUAACAAUUCUAAGCUUUCCCAGGCUCUUCAAUGGGCUUCCCGUCCAAACCCACCACCCGAAAUUCCCAUUAUCACUGCCGAUACCACUGACCCAUCUUCCCUCCGUGACCUUGCUUCACAGACUAAGAUCAUUCUUAACUGUGUCGGACCGUUUCGGCUUUAUGGUGAGCCUGUUGUUGAGGCCUGUGCUGAUUCUGGAUGCGAUUACUUGGAUAUUUCUGGGGAGCCUGAGUUUAUGGAGAGGAUGGAGGUGAAGUAUCAUGAUAAGGCUGUGGAAAAUGGAUCCUUGCUUGUUUCGGCAUGUGGGUUUGAUUCUAUUCCUGCUGAAUUGGGGUUGAUGUUCAAUUCGAGACAGUGGCUGCCGCCGGCUGUUCCUAACAGUGUUGAGGCCUACCUUAGUCUAGAAUCGGAUAAGAGAAUUGUUGGAAACUUGGGGACGUAUGAGUCAGCGGUGCUUGGUGUGGCUAAUGUGGACAAAUUACAGGAGCUGCGACGGAGCAGACCAAAGAGGCCUCGUCCAGUGAUUCCUGGUCCUCGUCCUCCUAAAGGUCCUUUGAUGGACCACCUAAAGGAAGUUGGUGUUUGGGCCGUAAAGUUACCAUCAGCAGAUGCAAUUGUGGUCCGAAGAACACUUUCAUGUUUGGCUGAAAAUCCUCAUGGUUUACCUGGUGUUAAUGAAAGCACUGAACAAGUUGAGAGGAGGGAGGCAUUUUGGUCAAGCAUAAAGCCAGCUCACUUUGGUGUGAAGAUAGCUUCAAAGUCUCCGUUAGGAGUUGUUCGUUUCAUUAUAGUCGGGCUGUUCAUUGGUCUCUUUGGUAAAAUUGGUUUAGGAAGGUGGCUGCUAUUGAAAUUCCCUUCAUUGUUCAGUCUUGGAUGGUUCAGGAAAAAAGGUCCAACUGAAGAUGAAGUGGCAAGUGCUACCUUUAAGAUGUGGUUUGUCGGACACGGGUUUAGCGAUGGCAGUCUUGCAUCACAAGGAAACAGGAAGCCUGAUACAGAGAUAAUUACAAGAGUAAUGGGACCUGAGAUUGGUUAUUUAACAACUCCAAUCAUUCUUGUCCAGUGUGCUCUCAUUUUGCUCAAGGAACGAAACAAUCUUCCAAAGGGAGGUGUUUUCCCACCUGGGAUUGUGUUUGGUCCAACCGACCUCCAAGACAGGCUUCAACACAAUGGAAUAUCUUUUGACGUUAUUUCAAAGAAAACAAUCUAACUAAAUGGUAGUGUUCCCUUCUAUCACAGGGGAAAUUUUGAACUUCUUCGGAAGGGAGAAUGAUACUAGUUACUUAUGCUUUCAUUGUAUGUUUUUCUUCCAGACGUUUUUUUUUCUGAAUGUUUAUAUUCUUCCUUAAGGUGGUGCUUCCUCAACAUUUUUCUUUCCGUAUUUAGAUUACUGGAUAAGCUCUACUUUGUUUAACAAUUUGUUAGGUCUGUUAACUCCUGUGGAUCUCUGAUAUCAGGACCUUCCACUUCACAGCUAUAACCUUGCUAUAAUUUACUGCAUUUGUUUCUUA